AUGCUUCUUGACACACAACAAAAAAUCCAACACAAACUUGAAAUGGAGAUUAAUGUGGUACAACAAGAAAAAAAAUCUCCCCUCUUAGAAGAAAACUUAGAAUUACCACAAGUUGAAAAAAAUAUCAUACAAAAAGCAAUUAGUCAAACAUUUCAAAGCACAUCACACUUAGCCAAUCUUCUACCUACUGGAUCUGUUCUUGCUUUUCAACUUUUGUCACCAAUAUUUACAAAUCAAGGCAAUUGUGACAAAAUUUGUAAAAUUUUAACUAUAGCACUUGUUACACUAUGUGGACUAUCAUGUUUUAUAUUGAGUUUUACUGAUAGUUUUAAAGACAAGAAAGGGAAUAUUAGCUAUGGAUUCGCGACGAUACGAGGUUUAUGGAUAAUUGAUGGAUCAAUAAGAAUUCCAAAUCAAAUUGCAAGGAAAUAUAAGUUGAAAUUUAUUGAUUUCUUGCAUGGUUUUAUGUCAAUGUUGGUUUUUGCUACUAUAGCUUUGUUUGAUCAAAAUGUGGUGAAAUGUUUUUAUCCAAAGCCUUCUGAUGAAAUAGAGGAGUUGCUUGUUGCUUUGCCAAUUGGAGUUGGAGUUUUUUGUAGUAUGUUUUUUGUUGUGUUUCCAACAAAACGACAUGGGAUUGGUUUUCCUCUCACCUCUAAUUAAUGUGGUCGGUGAGGAUUCAUACAAUCGAACUCAACUUGGUUGA